AUGGUGUCGCAGGGCGCCAGCACGGGAUUUGAAGAUUUCAAGGAGCCAUACACCCCACGGGGCACCAAGCGAGCUCCCAUCGGCGACCUGGAGAAGCUGGCGGGACCGCCCAGCCUGGCCCGCACGUCGGCGCCCGCCAUCCAUGGCGCCUCCGCGGUGCAGCGCUAUCUGUCGCGAACCUCCAGCGGAAGGGGCGGCAUGUCGCUGCCAACCACCCCGCGGGAGCCAGGCAGCCCGCGCGCCUCCACGCCACGCUCAGCCAAGCUGACCCUGAGGAUUGGUGACAGCGAGGAGGAGCUGGCGGCGCCGCUCAAGACCAAGGAGAAGUGGUGCUCCCGUGUGGAUUCUGCUACCCUCAACCUGCGUCCGGACGAGGUCGAUUCGGAGAGCUGGCGCCAUGGCUCCUUCAAGCUGGAUGAUCCAUGCCACACCAUGCACAUCCAGCACAGCCCCACUGCGCAGCAGGGCAUGGCGCCCUUCACGCCGCCCGCCGUGACCGUCUCGAUGGUGGCGGCUGCGCCCGAGGCCGGCCGGCUGCCAGUGACGGUCAGCCGGGUGCCGCGCGAGGCAGCAGAGUCGCUCGACAGCUCUGGCCUGUAG